AUGUGCUAUCUUUCAGAGGGUGGGCAUUACCAAAGGGAGGGCAACUUUGGUGGAGGCCGGGGCAGAGGCCAAGGCUACUAUGGUGGUGGUGGUGGUGGCAGAGGAGGCCGUGGAAGGGGGCGUGGCGCCGGAUCCAAUCGUGUCUUUGAGGAUGCCAACGGUCGUUUCUAUAAUGAUGGCUAUCAACGUGUCUACCUCACCAACGACCGUCCAUACUAUGCCAAUGGCAAUGGCAACCGUGACUACAACAACAACAACGGCAACGGCAACGGCAAUGGCGGUGAGGGCCAGAGGUACGGCAAUGAUGACAGGCAGUACAGGAGGGACAACAUGCACUACGUUCCUAAGAGCAAGCCAUCCUCUGUGGCUGCUUCUGAUGUUGAUACCAAGUCUGAAGGCAAGGUGGAGCCUGCUGCUGAGGAAAAGCAGGCCCAAGCCCCUGCUCAGAAUGUUGUUGAAGCCGUCCCUGCUUCUGAAUCUGACAAGUCUACUGGGGAUGUGCAAAAAGAUGAUUCUAAGAAGGAAGAGGGAGAGGGUGCCGAAAACAAGGCAGAGGGAGAAGGCGCGGAUAAGAAGGAGGGAGAUGGUGCCGAGAAGAAGGAGAAGACCAAUAAGGGCAAGUGUGUCAGUGGCUCUGUCAAGAGGAAGCUCAAGAAGCAAAAGCCUAAGAAGGAAGACUCUAAUGGGGAUGCUCCUAUUGAGACCACUGCUAAGAAAGAGCAGGAGGCUCCCAUUGAACAAGAGAAAAUUGAGAUGACCCUUGAAGAAUAUGAGAAGAUGCAAGAAAAGAAGAAGUCUCUGGAGGCCUCUAAACCUGAGGAGAGGAGGGUUGCUGCUGUAGAUUUUGAGGGUCUCCAGCUCUUGGAGAAGAAGAAGAUUGAGGAUGAUGCUAAAUCAAAGGCAGAAAAUGUUCGCAAGGCAAAGGAGGCUGCUGCAAAGGAAGCUAAACCUCGCAAGGUGAGCAUCCAGGAGUACCUGAAGAAUGAAGAUGGUUCAGAGUACGUACCUCCAACACCACCUAGGCGCCCUCCAUAUGGAGGCGGCUACAGGGGAGGCCGUGGGAACGGUUCUUACAAUGGCCGCAGCAGCCGUGACAACAGCUCUGAGCGCCGGGUCUACAACUCUGGCCGCGGCGAGAGCGCCAUCGUGUUCCACAACGUCGAGGCCAACGCCAACGACAGUGGCGCCCCAAGGAGGGGUGAGGGCUACAAUGGCGAGCGCCGGCAAGGCAGCUACCAGCAAGGUGGGUACAAUGGCGGCAGGGGCAACGGCAGGUACCAGGAGCGCCAGGACGGGUACAAUGGCGAGCGCCGGGACCAGCAGCAGGGUGGCUACUACCAGGAGCGCAAUGGUGACCGCCGGGAGCAAGGCGGGUACAACAAUGGUGGUGGCCGGGGCAAUGGCGGUUACCAGGAGCGCAGGGAUGGCUACAAUGGUGACAACCGCCGGCAGCAAGGCGGGUACAACAAUGGUGGUGGCCGGGGCAAUGGUGGUUACCAGGAGCAAGGCGGGAACAAUGGUGGCCGUGGCCAGGAGCGCCAGGAUGCCUACAAUGGCGAGCGCAGGCAGCAAGGCGGGUACAACAAUGGCGGUGGCCGGGGCAAUGGUGGUAACCAGGAAGGCCAGGACGGUGGCGAGCGCCGGCAGCAAGGCGGGUACAACAAUGGCGGCCGGUACCAGCAGGGCGGCAACUACAGGCAGUGGCAGGGUCCCAGGCCAAAGCAGGACAAGGAGUUCACACCGGCCGACUUCCCAGCUCUAGGUGGCGCAUCUCAGGCGCAGUCGCAGGCCCAGGCCCAGGCCCAGGCCUAG